AUGAGUCUUCUCGUGAUUCCUUUACUUAUGGUCGGAUUGGUUUCAUCGUUCGAGUUGUUGAAAGUCGACACUGGAAAAUGGACCAGUAUGAACCCAAAUAGAUCACCAAGCCAAGAACCAGUGAACUACACAGUGAUUCAGAAUCCCAGAAAAUCAUUUUCCCGCUUUGGUAUUGUGUACUACUGGUCCGGCUACUAUAAAGCCACCAAGUCCAAUUCGAGAAAAUGUGUUUUCUUAAAAAACUACCCAGACUGGCCAUUCGGUGAGCACGUUCUUCCCAAUGGAACCAUCGUAACUGGCGUGGAAUUCGGAUGCACCAGCGAUCAAUAUUGCAGAGCGUACAAAUGUGAUACAUCGAUGACUGCUGCCCUUAUUUGGGGGUCAAUGCUUUUAACAGCUACCGUUUUCUCUGUUGGAAUAAUCGUACGCCACGUCAUCAUCACUCAUCGGCAAGCAGAAGCUCCAGUUAACCAGGACAUGGAGAUGAGGGGAGUGUAUGUCCCUGUGGUCAUUGUCAGUGGAGCGACGAGUAGAGAUCAAAAUGCUCCAGGAGCAAUUAAUGGAUGA